AUGCAGUUCCCYGCGGGCCCCGCCUGCAUCUUCCUGAGGAAGGGCAUCGCUGAGAAGCAGCGGGAGAGACCCCUGGGGCAGGAYGAGAUCGAAGAGCUCCGGGAAGCAUUCCUUGAGUUUGACAAGGACAGAGAUGGGUUUAUCUCCCAGGAUUUGGGGAAUCUCAUGAGGACAAUGGGUUACAUGCCCACGGAGAUGGAAUUGACCGAACUGGGCCAGCAAGUCCGCAUGAACUUGGGGGGCCGUGUGGACUUUGACGACUUCGUGGAGCUGAUGACCCCCAAGUUGCUUGCAGAAAYGGCUGGGAUGAUUGGUGUCCAGGAGAUGCGAGACGCCUUCAAGGAGUUCGACACCAAUGGAGAYGGGGAGAUCACACUGGCGGAGCUGCAGCAGGCCAUGCAGAGGCUUCUGGGAGAGAGGCUCACCCCCCGGGAGAUCUCCGAGGUUGUCCACGAGGCCGAUGUCAAUGGA